GAACGCACCAUAAGCACCGCCUACUUCACUUCCGGUUUAAACCAACAUGGCGGCGGCGGUUCCACCGACGGCAGCGUUUUCGUUUGUUUUCAGACAAGUUGUCCGGAUGUUUUCAAGGAAUGGAUGAUGUGAGGCGGCUCUCACGUGACACGCUGGCUCCAGUCUGAUUGGAGGAAUGGAGAAGUUCGGGAUGAGUUUUGGGGGCGGUCCCAGCAGGAAAGAGCUCCUGGAAGCUGUGGAGUGCCAGAAGAAGCAGCUGGUUCAGUACCAAAGCCGCUUGAAGGACGUGGUCUGUGCAUACAAAAGCCUGCUGAAGGAAAAGGAGGCCCUGGAGGCCAGUCUGAAGGUCUUAAGUGUGUCCCAGGAUGUUGAGCAGAAGCGGGAGCGUUGGGACGAGGCCAUCGUCCUCCGGGAGGAAGGUGUGGAAGUAUCAGCAGAGACUCCAGAACCUAGCCACGAAGUGACAGAGGAAGCUGUAGGAGAGCCAGGAGGUCUUAACCCCACGGAAGAGAAGGCUGUUGAGAGCGACAGUGUGGGGGCGGAGCUGCGCCAGGCCCCACCUACUCACGAUGAGGAGGCGGAGCGCCGAAUCAUGCAACUCAAGAACCAACUGGGCACGCUCACCAAUGCCUUGGCCACCGUGACGCAGGAGAAGUCUCGCAUGGAGGCCAGCUUCCAGGCUGACAAGCGCCAGCUGAAGCAGGAGGUGGAGGAACUGCAGGACCGCCUUCUUGCUGUGACCACGCAGCAGGAGGCGGAGCGGCGUGGCCUCCAGCAGCAGUUGGCAGAGAGCCGCGCUCGCGUCAUCAUGCAGCAGCACGAACGGGAGCGGGAGCAAAGCGACCAGUUGCAGCAGCUGCAGGAGCUGCAGAAGAUCCUGCAAGAGGAACGAGACCUGCGACAGGACACCGAGCUCCGCCUCCAUGAGGCCAACGGCGUCCUCCUCACGGCCUCGCACGCCACGGACCGCGGGUCUGAGUUAGAGGUUGACUUGAGGCAGGCGCGAGAGGAGCGAGAUGAUCUGAGGAGAAAGUUUCAGGCUGCCAAGGAGGAGCGGGAGAAGGAGGAUCCCAGACUGGAGCAGCUCCAGCAGGAAGUCUGCCAGCUGAAGCGGCGUCUCCAGGACCAGAUACACGACCAGAGCCACAAGGCAAGUCAAGAGGAGGAGCGUGCACAUGGCGCAGAACUGCGGGUGGCGGGUCUGGAGCAGCGUGUGUCAGAGCUGUCGGAUCUUCUGGGUUCCUGUGAGAAGGCGAGGCAGCGAGACCAGCAGGCGUCUCAGAAGCUUCGAGAGCGGAUGGUGCAGCUGGACACGGAGAACAAAACGCUCGCCCUCGCCGCCUCCAGCAGAUCGAUGUACGACCUCAGCCUGGACGACUCCCAGCUGGACGUGACUGCGCUGAAAGAGAAACUGGCCAAGGUGAAGAAGUUGCUGCUGGCGGCCCAGAGGAACUCGCACCAGGUGCCAAACGCCAAGACCGAAAGCGAGGCGGAACCCGGCGAAGACGCCGCCACGUACCAGCAGGCGCUUCGCCAGCUAAAGGAGGAGCUGGAGCACUACAAGCUCAGAGCGCACGCCACAUCCAAGAGCAAAAACCCCAAAGAUGGCUGCCAGGCCCGUGAGCUGGAGGAAGUGCGUGAGCAGCUGGGGGAGCUGCGGGAGAAGUACAUUAACCUGCGGCGUGACGCCGACCAGGCUGCUGCCGCACACCGCCGCCAGCGAGAACACCAGCAGCAGCACGUGGCGGCGCUGGUGCACAGCCACAGACGGGACGUGGAACGUAACGACGGCGUGCACCGCGAAGAGCUCCUGAGUCUGGAGACGGAGCUCCACAAACAGAGGGAGAGGACGAUGGCGCUGCUGGAGGAAAAAGACCAGGAGCUGGAGCGCCUGAGAGCCGUGGCGCUGACCCGCGACUCCCUCAUACAGAGCACGGCCCCCGCCGGCAAGACGGAAGAGAACGACCGUGCCGAGGAGGAGGGCGAGACGGACACUAUCGGCCAAGCGCUGUGGCGAGCCACGCCCACCGAACCCACGCUGCUCCUGUACGCCGAGCAGCUGGCUAGAAAGGAAGUGGAGGCCGGCACGCUGAGGCGGCACAAGCGGCAGCUGGAGGACGACGUCCACCGGCUGCACGCCAAACUUCUGGCCAACGCCGAACGCCAUGAUGAAGAAACGCACCAACUCCAAACACAGCUGGACAAACUGAUCCGGGACCACAAGCGUGAGGGUUCCAGCAUGGAGUACCUGAAGAACGUCAUCUUCAAGUUCCUGACGCUGCAGGACGCCAACGGCAGGCAGCAGACGCUCAACGCCAUCCUCAGCAUCCUGCACUUCAGCCCCCAGGAGAAACACGCCGUCCUCAGGCAGCAGGUGGUGUCAUGGUGGAGCACCAACAAGAGAUGACAUCACUUUUUCAGAAAGGCUCCCUUAGUAGACGUCAGCGUUCCAAUAAAUGUUCUUCAUUCAA